GGGGGUAUCUAGUAACGCGCACAAAGCUAAUGUUGCUAAUGUCGCUUUAGCGCCUGAACGCUUUGCGUUUUUGCGCUGUUUGCGAGUUUAAGUAGGAAUGUAGAAAACCGCGAUAUAUUUUGCACAGUCUUCGACGACAAUUAGUAUUAUUUACGCUUGAUAUACCCUCGUGAAUACUAAAUAUUAGGGGAAAAUGGAGAAACUGUCCGGCUGCUAGCUAAGAUAAACAGCAAGCGGAGGGUUUUUCCCCCUUUAAUUAAAGGCCGUCGUCCUGGAGCUACACACACGACUACAACAACAACACUAGCUCGGCUUUUGGAGGAAUUCUGUGGCUGUGUAGUAAUAAUAUUUUUCAGAAUGUAACCAUCAUCAUUUGUGUACCUAUGAAAGAUGGAGAUAAAGCCCCGGGCUCGGGUGGAGGAGAGGAUGGGUUCGGCUAUGCUUGGCCUUUUCCUUUUCCUGCUCUUUCUGACCCCUGGAUGUUGGGCAGGAGAUUGUAAGGGCCAUAGGCAGAUUCUGCGAGGGCCACCGGGCUAUGUAACAGAUGGCCCAGGAAACUACUCAGUGAAUGGCAACUGUGAAUGGCUCAUCACAGCUCCUGGCAGCAAUUAUUACAUUGUGCUUAACUUCACAUUCAUGGACACAGAAUGCACCUAUGAUUACUUGUUUGUGUAUGAUGGAGAUUCCUAUCAAAGUCCUCUACUUGCAAGUCUGAGUGGCAACACCUUACCUCAAACAAUAGAGGCAAGGUCUGGCAAGAUGCUGCUCCACCUCUUUAGUGACGCCAACUACAACCUGCUAGGCUUCAACGCCACCUACACAUUCUCGCUGUGUCCUGGGGACUGCGCAGGUCAUGGGCGCUGUGAUGUAGUCUCAUCUCGCUGUCAGUGCCAUCAGGGUUGGGGAGGGACAGACUGUUCCUUACCUGUCUGCUCCACGGACUGCACACAGCGUGGUCAUGGACGCUGUGAUAAGAGUCGAGACCAUUGCAUAUGCAGUUCUGGCUUUGUGGGGCAGAGCUGCCAGCUGGGCCUGCGUGAUAACAGUGGUGUGGGUCAGUGGUGGGAGGUGAAAAACAGGGAUUUGAAGUUUUCUCCACGGACUGCAUCAGGGGGUGUCUACCUGUCCUCCACCAGAACCUUUUACAUGUUUGGCGGUUUUGACUUGAACAGAGCAUUAGGAGACCUUGUGGAAUACAACUUUUCAUUAAAUCGGUGGGAGAAGAAGUUGCACUCUAUCGCCCCUGCCCCAAGACAUUCUCAUACGGCAGUGGAAUGGCAGGGUAACAUGGUCAUAUACGGUGGCGAGCUUUCUAACCACUCUCUUGCUAGUGAUGUCUGGUUGUACCGUCCACAACAAAAUAGUUGGCAACAGCUUGGCCAGUCAGAUGCUCCAGGGGCUCCCAGGCUAGCAAAUCAUGCAGCGGCUUUGGUGGACAGUGAUCUCUAUGUCUUUGGGGGACGUACAGAAAUGGACAUGUUCUCCUCCUCUCUGUAUCGCUUUCGGUUGGGAGACAGGGUUUGGGAGGAAGUACACCCUCAUGGGGGAAAAGCCCCUGCCACUGCUGGUCACAGCAUGGUCUUCCACUCUCCAUCCAGGACUCUGCUGGUAUAUGGAGGGCACAGACCCACUACAGCCAGGUUCAGUGUUAGGGUGAACUCCACAGAUAUUUUCCAUGUGGACAAGCGUUUCUGGACCUCCCUUCGUUCACGUUACCCAGCUAAUGGACCUCGGGAGAGGGCUUUUCAUUCUGCCACCAUAAUUGGCAAUUACAUGGUGGUAUACGGUGGAAAUGUGCACAUCCAUUACCUUGAAGAGAAAUGUUAUGAUGAGGAUAUCUUCUUCUACCACCUGGGCUGCCACCAGUGGGUAUCUGCAGGAGAAAGUCACAUGCACCGAAGCAGAUCUGUGAGAGGCCGUUACUCCCAUGUUGCCGCUGUCAUGGAUGGCCGUGUUCUGCUUGUUGCUGGUGGUUACAGUGGUGUGGCCCUUGGUGACCUGGUGGCAUACAAAGUCCCGCUGUUUGUCAGCAGUGACCCUGGGGACAGAGAUGCUCUAUGUGCCGAGGCCCCAGAUGAGAGAAUGUGUCUAAAAAACCCAGAAUGCAGCUGGUGUGAGGGUCGCUGUCGGGAAUACCAGCCAACUAAUCCGUGUGGCAGCACCGGCUGUUUGGGUCUGGCACGCUUCCUUUCAGACUGCCAGUCAUGUCUAGUAUUCAGUGGCGUACCCAAGUCGCUUCCUCGUGCCCCCGGGGAUUUUGGCUGGUGUGUCCAGAAUGAUUCAUGUUUACCGGUCUCAGAGCGUAGUGCAUGCCGCGUGGACCAGAUCUCGGGGGCGUACGGCUGGUGGGGGGAGCGGACGAGUUUCCUGACUUCCCUCCCCUACUGUCGCACCGAGAACUAUGUCCCAGGACUGCACCUGCUCACCUUUCAGCACCCGCGCAACCACUCGCAACCGGACAAGGUGUCCAUUCUAAGAAGUGCUUCCAUAAUACUCAACCCAUCCACGGAGAUGGACGUUACUCUGCAGUUUCGCGGUUUUAUUCACCCUCUGUUAGGAGCUCCACCUCCCGCCACUCCUCCGCAAGAGACUGUGGCCAUGUGGGCCAGGAUUCAGAAGUUUCACUUCACAGUGAAGAUGGCUGCAGGGCCCAACUCAGUUCAACUGACUGAUGUACUUGGGCGCUGGUCAGCUCAAGAGGAAAAGGAGAGCCGUCUACUGUCCCGUCCGGAUGGUUCUCGUCUGUUUCAGAAUCUCACUCGGGGGAAUCGUUAUCUGGUGCAGGCAGAGGGCUACCUGAACAGUUCUACCUCAGGCCAGACAAGUGAGAUGGCUCUUACCUGGAACCGAACUGCCAUACCUGGAGGAAGUGAGAUCUCGUUUCUGUUCUUGGAGCCAUAUCGCUCAGGUUCAUGUUCAGCAUACCACUCUUGUUUAGCCUGCCUGUCCGAUCAGUCCUGCGGCUGGUGCCCCACUACAAACGUCUGCAUGCUGCGCUCCAAUGUCAGCCAUGAGCGUUGCCUAGAGCCACAAGGAGAAGAGCACCAUCUGUUGCUCAGCCCACAGCACUGCACACUGUGUGAGGAGUACAGAGAUUGCAGGGCCUGCACUCAGGAUUCUUACUGUGAAUGGCAAAUCAACUCCAGUAAGAAGGGGGAUUACUUAUGCAGUCGUCGAGGGAGACUGGAAGGCUCUAUUCGUGAUCCAUUGGAGUGUCCUAAAGUCUGUAACCAGAGGACAACCUGUGGGGAGUGUCUGUCCAACUCUAGCCAGUGUGCAUGGUGCGAGUCAGCUCAGACCUGCUUUUACUUUGCUGCUUAUCUCACCAAGUUCCCAUACGGAGAGUGCAGAGACUGGUAUGACAGUGUGCACUCGGUUCCCCAGUGUAAGCAGUGCUCUUCUUUAGCCACGUGUACAGAAUGCCUGCAGACAUUUCAAUGUGGCUGGUGCGGGGAUUACAGCAAUCCCACAUUUGGCAGGUGUCUAAAAGGAGACUGGGGAGGAAUAAUUGACUCAUCUGUGACUAACUGCACUAUUGCUGUUGCUGAAGUAAAGGCCUCAAGCCCUGAGCCACGCACCCUUUCUCCACCACGACCGAUGGAACCAGAGCUGGAGAUAGACCAGAUGGAAGGAGUGGAAGUUGAUGGGGAGGCUGUGUGGUCCUAUGCAUCGUGCCCUGAUGUGGAAGAGUGCAGGCUGGGCCUCCACACCUGCCAUCCCUCGGCCACAUGCGUGAACACACCCACCUCCUAUGAGUGCCACUGUGAGAGGGGUUUCACCGGAGACGGAGAGCAUUACUGCAAUCAGACGUGUUAUAAUGAAUGUCGUGAGGGCAAGUGCAGUGGCAAUCCGCACUUUGAGUGCGUUUGCUCUCUGGGUUGGACUUCAGAGCCUUCCACUCUGGUGCUUAGUGGCGUGGAGUGUGACGUCGACUGCGGCUGUAACUUCCACAGCACCUGCAUUACGGCUCCAGGAAUCUGCGACCAAUGCCAAAAUUGGACAACAGGGCCGCACUGUGAGCACUGUCGGCCUGGUAGCUUUGGUUCAGCAGUGGCUGGCGGUGAAGGCUGCGUCCCCUGCGAGUGUAAUGGACAUGGUGACCCACUUCAGGGAUUCUGUCACAAUCAAACGGGCCAGUGUUACUGUACACACCAUACACAAGGACUACACUGCGAGUUUUGCUUGCCUGGCUACUAUGGAGACCCCCGGAACAAUGGCACAUGUUUCAAACAGUGUCAAGGUCGCUCUGUUGUCCUUUCUUCAUCAUCUUCCCCUUUCCUGCCCCUCUCAUCCUCUCUUGGUUGGCAUGGAUCAGCAGGAGGCCAGGAUGGUCUCUCGCACUGCCUGUGGGUUCUGUCUGUCUCUCAGGAUCUGGCACCAUGCUUGCCAGGCCAGUUGUGCCCACCUGUUGCAUUGACUCUGCAUCCAGACUCAUAUACACAUUGCACAAACUCGUACGUGUACGUAUUCGAUGGUCUGCCACGUUUUCUCAGCGACGGCGUGAUGCACUCAGAUCAUAACCUGAUUGGAGCUUUUUGCGGCACAACUCGUAAUCAACCAAUCACAGUAGAAGCAACAUCUGGUGUGAUCUCUGUGUACUUUGAGGCGAAUGUGUCCUCGACUCAUCCUCAGGGUUUUAACGCCUCCUUCUGGGUGCGGCGUUGCACUGAGAGUGGAUCUGAAGAGGCCAUUGAUGGAUCUUCAGGAUGCCAGGGCUUGGCUCAGUGCCGCAAUGGUAUCUGCGAGUGUCCCAGUGGUUACGGUGGGCCACUCUGUGAUAGACCCAUCUGCUCAGGAGGUUGCGGCGCCCGAGAGGGCCGAGGCACCUGCAACACGGUUCUAGGAAUGUGUGUUUGCUCUCUCGGCUGGACUGGAUCUGACUGCUCCACUGUCGCAGAUGCAAACAGCCUGGUGUGGGAGAAUCUGCUGGAUACACAACUCACAGCGAAUCCAUCAUACAGGUUUCUCCAGAGGAUGGGACACUCACUUGUUUCUGGCCCCCAGGGCACACUCUGGUUAUAUGGUGGUCUCUCGCUCACGGAGGGAAUUCUGGGAGAUGUUUACAGGUACUUUGUUCAAGAGCGCCGCUGGAAUCAGAUGCUUACCAGUUCAGCAGAAGAAGGUUCUAGCCCCUCAGCCCGCUACCAUCAUGCCUCUGUUGUAGUAGCCAUGCAUGACCCUAUGUCUGGUUCUCAGACAGAAGGUCAUCACUUAAUGCUUGUGGUGGGCGGAGUCACACGAAACAGUGUUCUGAAUGAUACAUGGAGCCUUAAUGUUAGCAGUUUGACGUGGACAGAGUACAAGAGUUCAGUGCUGCCCCCUGUGGCUGGACACACACUAACAGUGCGCAGAGUGUCCUCUGUGCUUCUGAUUGGAGGAUACUCUCAAGAAAAUGGUUUUAAUCACCACUUACUGGAGUUUAAUGCACAGUCUGGCAACUGGACUGCAUUGCCACACACUGGUACACCACCUACAGGUCUUUAUGGACAUUCUGCAGUCUAUCAUGAGCAGACUGAUGCUGUUUAUGUUUUUGGAGGUUACCGUUUCCAUGUAGAGGCAGUAGAACCUUCUGGAGAACUCUAUACCCUUUACUACCCCAACCUCACCUGGUCUUUACUGGUCCCCUCCCGGGGAAACAAGCCUCCCCCACAUUUUUUUCAUGCAGCAGCAUUACUGAAAGACACCAUGGUUGUUGUUGGAGGGCGGACAGGAUCAGAAGAUUACAGCAACAGUGUGUACGUGUAUCAGAUCAAUUGCAACACAUGGAUAGAGCCAGUAUCGUCAGUCGGCGAACCUGUUAAUCAUUCCAUAUCCUUGGCGAUGACGAGUUGGGGAAAUCAUCUGUUCUUAUCGGGUGGUUUUAAUGGGGUCAUGCUGGGGCGUUUGAUCUCUCUCACUGUGCCAUCUGACCCCUGUGUUCUUCUGCCAACACUUGAGGCUUGUAACAACAGCACAGGCAGCUGUGUAUGGUGCAGGCAUGUCUGUAUUUCCUCAGACACAGGAGAGAGAAUCGGCUGUGAUGUUGGUCACUCCCCAUGCUUUCCUACUCCCCGUGUCCCUGAUCAGUGUCGAAGGCUGAAAACAUGCAGUGAAUGUCUGGCCCGACACCCCAAAACAUUUUCCAGCCCUGGACAGAACACUCUUCAGUGUAAGUGGUGCACAAACUGUCCUGAGGGAGCAUGUAUUAGCAGCUCUGUAAGUUGCACGUCAGAACAUGACUGCAGAAUAAACCAAAGGGAGAUUUUUCUCUCCAGCAACUGCACGGAAACCAGCUGUGAGGCAUCUGACUGCCCUAAGUGCACAGCUUCAGGAAAGUGUAUGUGGACCCGUCAGUUUAAACGGACAGGGGAGACCAGGCGCAUUCUGAGUGUUCACCCAACAUAUGACUGGACGUGUUUUAGCUAUGCGCUACUUAAUGUAUCACCCAUGCAAGUGGAAUCGUCCCCACCUAUGCCCUGCCCUGAGCCCUGCCACCAAAUCCAGACUUGCAGCCAGUGUCUCAGCUCCAACGGUUCAGAUGGGGGUUGGCAGCACUGUGUUUGGAGCAUGGCACUGCAGCAGUGUAUGAGCCCUUCAUUUGUUCCAUUGCGCUGUGAAGCUGGUCAGUGUGGUCGCCUGCUCUCAGGUGGAGACUCCUGCUCUCCUCAGUGCUCCCAGCUUACCCAGUGCUCCCAGUGCAUUGCCCGGCCACAGUGUGGGUGGUGUGCCACCCGUGGCGAUAAUGGUGCAGGACACUGCCUGCAAGGAGGGUUGGAUGGUGUCAGUGAAUCUCUCUGUCCCUCAUGGAACAGCAGCUGGUCAUUCCUACACUGUCCUGAAGAGGAUGAAUGUGCCAACGGGCAUCAUCGUUGCAAUGUUACCCAGGACUGCCAUGACCUACCUGAUGGCUACCACUGCACCUGCAGAAAGGGCUACAUACUCAGCAGUGCAUCUGGGCAGUGUGAGCCGGUAUGUUUGCAGGGCUGCGUUAAUGGCACGUGCGUGUCCCCGGGAGAAUGCCAGUGUCACUUUGGAUUUGUCGGCGAGAACUGCUCAUCUCAGUGCCGCUGUAACAAGCACAGCAACUGUAAGGGUGUCACUCAACUAGAUACGUGUCUGGAGUGUCAUAACCACACUAAGGGUCAGCACUGUGAGAAGUGUAAGCCGUUGUAUGUAGGCUCUGCAGUAGGUGGGGGAAUGUGUCGUCCCUGUCGGGAAUUUUGUCGAGGAAAUAGCGAUGUGUGUUUGUCCAAAGAUGAACUCAAGUUGGCACUUGAUUUCCCAAAAGACCGUCCACUAGAUCCUGAGACUAUCAUUCACUGGGUUACGGAGGGCCCUACUGAGGAUAAUGCCGUGUGUGUGAACUGUCAAAACAACAGCGUUGGGGAUAAGUGUGAGAGCUGCCUCAGCGGAUACUUUCUCCUGCAGGGCAAGUGCGAAAAGUGUCAGUGUAAUGGCCAUGCAGACACUUGUAAUGAGCAUGAUGGAACAGGCUGCCCCUGCCAAAACAACACGGAAACAUCAUCAUGUCUCAGCAGCUCACAGACUGAUCGCAAAGAGUGUUACAGACAACAGUGUGCCAAGUGCAAAGACGCCUUCAAUGGCACACCAAUUAAUGGCCGUCAGUGCUACCGGCAGUUCAAUGUGGACAACGAGUGCUGCUUUGACCCGACAUCACAGGUCAACUGCUUCCAUGAACCUAACAUCCGCAACCUGCCUAUGGGACGCACAGUGUUUUUUGCAGCUCAGCCCAAGUUCACUAACGUGGACAUCCGAGUCACUAUCGAUGUUACUUUCGGUGAGGUGGAGGUGUACGUGUCUAAUUCCCAUGACACUUUCAUCGUGAAUGUUGACCGCCAUUCGGGUAUACACACCAUUAAAAUCGCAGACGAUGUCGCCUCGGUUCCCAUGACUCGAGAUAAAGAGGUCCCAUUAGCGCUGUCGCCGUUAAAAGUGAAUGCGAAUUCAUCCUCCUCUGCCAUUCUUGGUCUGCACACUAAACCACACAGCGCUGACCGGGAAGUGCGUGAAGAGCGAGCAGGGGGCCUAAUCACGUACAUCACAGUAUGGAAGCCACAGACGGUGCUGAUCGUGCGUGGUGUGCGUGAUCGCGUCGUAAUCACCUUCCCACAUGAAGUGCACUCGCUCAAAUCCAGCCGCUUCUUCAUCGCGCUGCGUGGUGUUGGUACAGACAGCCAUGGUGGAGAGUCGCAAGGCCUGCUGUUCCUGCGCCAAGAUCAGGCACACAUAGACCUGUUUGUUUUCUUCUCCGUCUUCUUUUCCUGCUUUUUCCUCUUCCUGUCUGUGUGUGUGCUUCUCUGGAAGGUCAAACAGUUCCUGGAUUUCAGGCGUGAACAGCGGCGUCACAUUCAAGAGAUGACAAAGAUGGCAUCACGACCCUUUGCCAAGCUCACUGUCUACUUGGAGCCUGAUGAGCCACAGCUUAUCUAUUUGCCCUCAGCUGGAGGAGGAAGUGCCGUCUCGCUUGCGCAUGUUAGGACCGGCAAAAUAGGCGGCAUGGUCAGUCGAGGAAGACCUGGAGCUCCGUCCUACAAGCAUGAUCCUGGGUUGACUCGACACCAUCACCACCACCCUGCCCUUGGUGGAGGCAACAGUGGACAGCACCUUUCCUUGCACUACCUGAAUACGCAUCAGUAUGUUUCCAGCUCUGCUACCAAUCCAGCAACACACCACCAUCACCACCAUCCAGCUUCUCAUGGCAGUUACCAGCAGUUUUGUCGCUCUGACCCCUUCCUCUCACAACUUUUGGGCUUCUCCUACUCCUCCUUUAAGGUUGGACCGAUCACCCUAGAGCCCACUGACGAUGGCAUGGCAGGAGUUGCAACUGUCCUUUUCCAGCUGCCUGGUGGAAUCCUGGCACCUAACCGAGCAUGUCUGGGAUCUGCCCUGGUCACACUGAGACAGAACCUGCAGGAGUACUGUGGGCACGGUGGAGCAGGUACACACCCGGGGGUUGGUGUUGGCCGAAAGGGCAUCCUGGGCCACCAAAAUCUUACUACGAUGGCCAUGUGAGGAGCAGGAGAAAGGUUUUAAGUACAAGAUUAUUAAAGAAAUACUGUGUAAAAGUGAAAAUUAUGGAACAUGAUGGACAGUUUCCAAAAACCUGAGAAGUAAAUGUUUUUUGAAAGGGGCAAGUUACUUGAAGAAUGUGUGGGGGUUUUAUAAGGGAUGUAUUUAUUGAAACAGUGGAACAGAUUGUGUGGGAUUAGAUGUAAUUAUUCUUGUACAUAUAUACUAUUAAGUAUUAAGCAUCUUUCACUGAUUUGUCUUUUGCCCUUUGUGGAAAGCUUUCUGUGAGCUUGCAGCAACAUUCAGAAAAUGCACUACAUGUCUUGUUGCUGCAGCCUCCCUUUGUCCUUAAUACGCACCACUGAAGUUAAAGUGACCUUUGCUUUCACAGAGACUUUGGAUUGAAUUUUACAGUACAUUUUUGCCCAUUGAAAAUGAUGGACUGGUUAAAGAAACCAAAACAUGCUUUAAAGCUCUAAUGACAAUCUGAGCUGCCAUUUACAAGAUCAUUUCAACUUAAUAAAAAAAAGAAAUCAUCUGUCUACUAAGAAGGGCAAUUACAACUGAAAAUAUUUUUAAUGUGUACUUUAAAAGGCCAUGUAUAUUAACCAUACUUAUAUGAGCAAAAACAGUGCUGUAACUCAGUUAAAUGAUGAACCAUGUGGGUGGAUUUUAAACAUAUUUAUUCUGGCAAAAAUGCAAUUUAGUGGUUUUGCAGUCCCCCUCCCCCUUACAGUAUUUAAAUGGUUUGUUACUGUAGUCAUUUUGCUUCUUUAGCAGAUUGUGACUUUUAAUUGCAAUGAGAUUCAUGUUGACUGGUGUGCUAUAAUGUUAUGUCAUGGCCCACAAAUGAAGGAGUCACCUGCUAUCUGGUCAAUGUUAGAGUGUACACUAAUGGAUUAACCAUUUUCAAUCCAGCCGUUGUUGACUGAACAGUAUUUAUUUCCAAUGGGUUAAUAAGUUUGUCGGAAAAGGAUUUCUUGGUGGAAAAAAUUAUCAUUUUUUUACCUUAAUGGAAUUACCAAUGCAGUGAAAAUAUCAAAAGUGUGAAAAUUUGUAUAUUUAUAUAUAAGUAAGAGUUUAGUAAAUUUGUUAUGGGAAAAAACAAGACCAUGACACAGUUUGUCAGUAUUUUCUUUAGUUGAUGGUCAGAAGAGGAUAUUUUGACUCUAAAGGUUUAUUAAGUAGUACAGCAUUACCGAGCAGAGUAUAGCUUUCUCUCCUCACACUUUUACAGUCCUGGGUUCAAAGCUUAGCUAAAACCCAUGUCCACAUGGGUUCCCUAUCACAUAGUGGCACUAAAUUUGCUCUAGCGUGUGAAUAAUUUUUUUUUUUUUUUUUUUUUUGCUUGGAAAGCUGACCUGUAAUGGACACACUCUGGAAUCACACUAACCCUGACUUGGAUAAUGCAGUUACUGUAAAUAAAUGAAUGAAUGAAUGUUGAAUGAUAAAGGAAUUCACUAUUAUAACUGUUUUGCACCUUAUAAAAAAUGACACAAGAACCUCAAGCAGUAACAGCCUAGGUUGACAUUUCAAUUCCAACAUCAAGAUGUAACUGUUCUGGAUUAAUUUUGAUGCUGGUAUAAAAGUAAAAAAAAAAAGUAUUUAGGAGUUAAAGUCCAAAAUGUGUACAGAUGUCUUUAAAUAUGUGGGUGCUAUGUAUUCUGUUCAGUUCUCCACACAUGCUUUUAUAUUAUGUGAUUCAUGCUCAUGCUUUCUGUGUAUAUACCCUAUUAAACCUCAAAUAAUAGUGGUUAA